AUGUCUCAGUCACUUACAACCUCCAGCAAGAACAAGGCGAUAGUACAAGUGCAAGAGGAUGACGACCUGGUUAUUCUCCCGGCAGUUGAUAACUCGGAACUGAUAGCCCGCUUCAAGCUCAGCCUGGUGGGACGGCUCUUCAACAGAGAGAGGCGUAGUGUUGAAUCCCUUAUUGCUUUACUCCCACGACCAAAUAUCUGGGACGUUGAAGGCAGAGUCUGUGGAGUAGACUUGGGAAACCAAAGAUUUCAGUUUGACUUUGAUUCUGAAGAUGAUCUUCAGAAGGUUCUGAGUAAAAGGCCUUGCCAUUACAACAAAUGGUCCUUUGCUCUAGAGAGAUGGGCACCUCACAUAGGUGACUCAUUCCCUAACACUAUGACAUUUUGGGUCACUGCUUUGGGGAUCCCCACACACUUCUGGCUUGACCCGAUCUUCAGAGCCCUUGGAAGAAGGCUUGGAAAUGUGGGUCUGGUGGAAGAAAAAACAGCGAAGUUCCAAGUUGAGAUUAAUGCUGAACUCCCUUUGAAAUUUUCUCUUUGUGCGCAGCUCCCCUCUGGGGAAAUUGUUCCAGUCUCCUUGGAAUAUGUCAACCUCCACCGAUGGUGCCACUCCUGCCGUCUAAUAUCCCACGAAGAAGAUACUUGCCCAACGCUAUCUGAGGAACAAAGAGAGAACCAUCGACUGAUAAAGGAAGCUAACAGAGAGGCUAACAGAGACCAAGGCCAACAAUCCAGACUCGAUAUGAAUAGAAAGGGAGACCUCUCAAAGCGUUUCAGUGCAGCUGCCCCAAAGGCUCCAAGCUAUCUCGAGAGACGCUCCGGGAAAGGAACUCAAAGAGAUAACCGGGAUAGAGUUUGGAAACGCAUGGACUCCCGGUAUGCUCCUAGAGAUGACCACCGUGAGAAAAAUCGACAUGUCCCUCGCGAAAGAGAUAUCCUACCACCUAGCAAAGAAGCAUACAACAAGAGAAGGUAUGAUGAUUCCUUCGCAGCAAGCAAACAUCGUGAAAAAGCCAGGAGGGAAGAGAGGAAGCGUGUACCUACAUCACAAAGCUCUAAGGGAGAGAUAGCUCCUGAAGAACCCGGUGAUAAACAACUUGCGCGGCCUUCCUCUAGCUCAAAAAGAGAGAAAAUAGUUGAUGUCCCUCUUAAAACAUCGCUGACACAAUCCCAACUGGCUAAACAAGUCAACUCCUCCCCGGAUCAUGUCAGGGAACGUCCCUUUAGAUUAGCCCUCCAGAAAUCUUCAGGAGACUUGAAGUUGAAAGGAAAAGUUGGGGAUUUGGGAGAUUCCUCCGAAUCCGUAAGAUCAGCAAAGAAGAGUCUGAGGUUCGCCGCUGAGACGAAUCGAUCACCACCCAAAACCCACCCAAGAUCACCACCUAACAGCGAGGAAAGGAAGAAAAAGAGCUGGUAUGAGAUGACAUUGGAGGAGGAAGAAGAGGUAAGCAAACAAGCUACAGAUGAUAAAGAUAAGCCUUACUCGGGUGAUCCAGAAUUAAAUGAAGUUGAUGACCCUAAUGCGUAG